AUGCAUCGAAUAUCCAGUCCAGCGAUCAAAGGCGUUCAUGACCAUAAGGCUAUCCUCGGAAAACUAUGUCAUGUUCCUUGGCUUUUGAACAGCUGUAUCCCAGGAGUGGCGCCUGGAUAUUUCAGUUUCAUUCGGUGGUGUGGGGAUGAGAUUGAGCAAAAGCAAAGAACCUAUGUCGAGAAGGAUACAUUUGCGGCUCCGACUGAAGCUGCUCUUGAUGAGGAUUCACAAGUAGUUGUAGUUGUUGGCAGUGAGACUACGGCUACUACCUUGCCAUCUGCACUCUACUAUCUGGCCAAGAAUCCCGCAAUACCAUCGAGGCUGCAGCUCCAUCUAGAUGAAGAUAUGUCAAAAGAAACACUUCGCCUGAGACCUGCAGUAAUGAUGGGUGGAUACCGCAUUACCCCAGCCGAGGGAAUCCAGGUUGGUGAGAUGUACAUUCCUGGGAAUAUCAAUGUUUUCGUUCCAGUGCAAUUGAUUUAG